UGGGUGACCAGGAACAUCACUGCUUUUUCACGGGGACGUGUAUAGGACGCAGUAAUCUUCGUAGCUUUAUUCUGUUUUGCCUGCAUGCCUGCUGCAGUUGUUUCCAUGCUAUGAUAGUUGGAGUGGGAUACAUUUCAGAAAGCAUCUCCCUCUCCUUAUAUGAUCCUAUGACCUUCCUAAGGCUGCUGCCUCUCUCUAUCACUCGUUUUUUCUCAGGAACCCUUCUCAGCUCAGAGAUGCUAGUGGUCCUCAUGAUCUACCUCUGGUUUGGAGUGGGUAUAGCGUGUGCUGCUUUUUGCUGUCACCAUCUCAUCUUGAUCUGCAGAGGCUCUAAUGGUCAACAACUUCACACAGCAGGGAUCAGCAUAACCACUGGCAAAGAGAACCUCCAGAAAGUAUUUGGAAAGAGAUGGCUCUUUGCGAUCUUUGUCCCACAGCCAAAGAACAAAUGAACUAGCUCAUGACUGAAUCCACUGACUACAGCAAUACCUACAGAUCAAACAUAUUUCUAGUCUUCCAAUGUUACAGGGCAACCCUUUUAAAAUAA